CCAGACUGUGAUUUGUUAAUUAGUCUUUUGGGAUUACGCAGAGCCCGAGACAAAGGCAGCACAACAAAAUGGGCGAGAAGCAAGACCAUAUGUAAACGAAACGAAAACAGAGAAACACAGAGAGAAACCAGAGAGAGCAAUGGCAGAUAUGUUUAGCAACAAAAACAAUACCCGUUUAUCGUCUUCAACUUCAGCACAACGUUACCGUCCGCCGGACGAACUCUCGGUCUUCCUCCGUCAAAUUCUCAGCAAUUCCUCUUCGUCGUCCUCGACUUCUCUUAUUCCACAUACGCAGUCUAUUCCGUUGGAGAAUCAUGACCGUUCGUCCCGAUUACGGUUCCCUGAAGGGUUGACGGCCGUUGAUACGUCUGAUGGAGCUCACGCUUCUUCUAGUGGCUAUGUUUUAGGGGAUGUGAGAGCGAGCAUGGCGAAUGUGCACUCGUCUUCUUUCGGGGCGAGUGAGAACGAGGCCGAUGAGUAUGAUUGUGAAAGUGAGGAACUAAAUUCUCUCGAGAAUUCUUUAAUGCAUGAAGGUCUAGAUGCUUUAGCAGAGGAGCUGCAGGCAAAACCCGCUCCUCCGCGUGGUUCAUCCAAAAGAAGCAGAGCUGCAGAAGUUCACAAUUUGUCCGAGAAGAGGAGGAGGAGCAGGAUUAAUGAAAAGAUGAAAGCACUGCAAAAUCUUAUACCAAAUUCUAACAAGACAGAUAAGGCUUCGAUGCUUGAUGAAGCUAUAGAGUACCUCAAGCAGCUUCAAUUGCAAGUACAGAUGUUAUCAUUGAGAAAUGGAAUAAGUUUGCAUCCUUUGUGCUUACCUGGAGCGAUGCAGCCAUUCCAACUCUCACAGUUGAGAAUAGGUUUUGGUGAAGAAAAUGUGUCUGAGCAUAUGAAUGAUCGAGGCACACGUCUUCUUAGUCAAGAAACCUCGACACAAGCUAUAUACAGUCAUCCUAACCAAUCCAGUGUUUCAAAACAUGUACCUGUUGCUGCAAUGUCAAAUAUUAUGAACUCAGAACCCUCAUUUCUCUUGGAAUCAUCGGAGCAAGCUCACUUUGGACCCUUUCAUAUUCAUACAUCUUCAGAGGAUAUUUGCAGGGAAAAUGUUUUGCCACAUCGGCAUCUAAUUGUCAACCAUUCCGAAACAAAUACAUCAGGUGUUUUGAAGGAAUUUGAGAUGGGAGCCACGGCUACAGUAUUACCUCCAUUUGAAUAAAGGACCGCAUCUCUAUAGAUGCAUGCAUGAUCGACCAAGACCAGCCUAAAGGCCUGCCUUCAUAGAAUAUAGAAUGCUACCAUUCGUACUCACCGCAUACAAAUGGUUAAAAUAUACUUGACCAAGAUGUUUUUAGUAUCUAUGUUGGCAUGCAUAGGCCUCUUUAACAGUAUAUGCUGGCCAGAAGAUGAUUUGCCUAAACUGAGGGAUGUUGAGACUGGCAGGGGAAUGCUCCCAACUUGUGUUACUUUGUUAACCUUUUGGCUUUGGUUUAGCUACUAUGUCCUCCAGUUCUAUAUGUCCUAGUCUACAGAAUUGAGCACAUAUAUAUUUUAGGACUGCAUCAGAGCAUCCUUGUGAUUAAGAAGAAUAUGUUUCUUUAAUGUAACAGGU